AUGUCUCUUUUGAGUGGUAAUACUUGUUACGAUGAAGAAGCUCAUCGUGUUUUUCUGAACAAGAAAAUCUUUCUUUCGAAAUUGUGGUUGGUCUUGCUUGGAGUGUUCUCAUUUUCUUUGAUCGUUUUACAAGGCACCACUGUUUUUCAUCAUUCCAACCAGGACGAUGAUGUAUCCAAGAAAAUUCAUUUAUCCAUGGCUGUGAAGGAAACUCGAAAAUCAUUCGCAUCCAAUCUUGAAUACGAUUACAGACCUGUUGGAAGUGAAUAUCGAGUGAAUACCUAUACUACCAACAAGCAGACUGAAGCUAGAGGUGUUCAAUUAGACAACGGCAUGACUGUGAUUGUUUGGAUGAGUUUUGAACAAAUCACUGGUAGCGGAUGGGAUAUCUACCUUCGAAAAUAUUAUCCUAAUGGAGAUGUUUCUACACCACAACUUGUGAACACUAUAACAACAUCGUAUCAAGCAUUUCCAGAGAUUGCAAAGCUUACAAACGGAGGUUUUGUGAUUACAUGGACUAGUUAUUCGUUGAACGGUCAACCAUAUGACAAUGCUGCUGGUAGUACUUAUGUGUACUAUCAAAGAUUCGAUUUAAACGGAGAUAAAGUUGGAUCCUCUUCUGAAACUCUAGUGAAUUCCAAUGUGGGAGAAGUUCCUCAUGUUGCUGCCAUGAGUGGUGGAGGUUUUGUCAUCAGUUGGUUUAGAAUAACCUCAAACGUAUUUGAAGUUUAUGCUCAACGUUUCGAUUCCAAUGGCAACACUUCGGGUUCAGCUUUCAAAGUGAAUACUAAAAACUUUGGAAGUAAACCAUGUAUCUGUGGUCCGUCAGUUACAGUAAGUCCAUUCAAUAAUAACUUUGUAAUAGCAUGGCAAAGUGACACGAAUGACGGAAGCUCUUAUGGUAUUGCUGCUCAACGAUUCGAUUCUAAUGGCAAUCCUCUUGGAACUGAAAUACUAGUCAACCUACAACAACAAAACGAGCAAUCAAAACCUGCCAUUAGUUUCUUAAAGAAUGGAGGAUUUAUCAUUGUUUGGGUGAGUUUGGAUACUGAAGGAGGUCCCAGAGUCAUUGGAAAAAUCUUUGAUGCCAAUGGCAACAUUUUAGUACAUGACUUUACCAUAGCGACCUAUUCAACUUCAUAUAGUCAUGAAGGUCUUGCCGUACUUUCUUUCACUUACGGCACAGGAGAAAUUAUUGUGGCAUGGACUGGAGAUGAUGGAAAUGGAUUGGGAUGCUUUUUUAGAAGAUAUGACACUUCAGGAACGUCAUUAGGACCUAUUUAUAAAAUGAAUACUUACAUUGCCGAUACUCAGUAUGUGAAUCACAUAGUUCAGACAAGGAAUAAUAACUUUCUUGCAUUAUGGACCAGUAUGGGACAAGAUGGAGAUGACUGGGGAGUGUAUUCAAGGCAAUAUUCAUUGAACACACGACCAUGGAAUGUCGUUAACCAACUUGAGAGCAAGGCAAAACAAUCAGUCAUUGUGUCUAAUCUAAAUAUGUUAUCUGUUGACUCUGAAAACGACACAAUCACUUAUACUGUGAGUAACCUGCAACAUGGAUACUUUGAGAUGGUCACAGCACCAGGAAUUUCAAUUACUUCAUUUACUCAACAUCAUAUUAAUGCUUCACAAGUUCGAUUUGUUUCUACAAGCUUAUCAGCUCCAUCAUUUCAUUUCUACAUUAGAGAUGGAGUUGGUGAAGGAGAUUUGUACACGGACCCUCAGCCUGCUGUGAUUGAUUUUAAAGUGACAUGCUUCGGAAAUUACGGUUCCAAUGCAUGCGGAGGACCUUCAAAAGGAACCUGUGUUGACAAUAACGUUUGUCAGUGCACGGCAAAUUAUGGAGGAUCGAAUUGUGUAAUUCCAAAAUGUAACGGCAUUCUUCAAGGCGCAGCGAAUGUUUGCAAUGGUCAUGGCUCGUGUGAUGAUGUUGAUUUAUGUAGAUGUGACACAAAUUGGGGUGGACAAUAUUGUCAGGUUCCUAAAUGUAAUGGAGUUUUACAGAACAUGACUGCACUUGUUUGUAAUGGACACGGAUCAUGUGAUAAUGUCAAUACCUGUAGUUGCAAUUCCAAUUAUGGUGGACAGUAUUGUGACAUGCCAAAAUGUAAUGGGUAUAUCCAAGGAUCAUUAAGUGUUUGUAAUGGACAUGGGUCAUGUGAUGGAGUUGACAUUUGUCGAUGUGACACAAACUGGGGUGGUAAAUAUUGUGAAUUGCCCAAAUGUAAUGGAAUUCCACAAAAUGUCACAUCAUUAGUUUGUAACGGAAGAGGGUUAUGCACCGACGUUGACACCUGUACUUGUAACGCCGGAUAUUCUGGUCAAUUUUGUGACAAGUCCAUCCCUGUCAUUAUUAACAAUAAGAUUCUGGUAUCACAAGGACAAACCACAACAGUUACUUCAAAUGACCUUUUAGCAACGGAUUCAUCUGCCAGUGACGCUCAAAUAUAUUUCACCAUAAGUAAUUUAAGGUAUGGAAGAUUUGAGGUGCAUAGCCCUGCAGUGAGUGUGGUCACAAACUUUUCUCAAUUACAAGUGAAGGAAGGUAUAGUGAAAUUUGUACAUACUGGUACCGCAGAACAGACACCAUCCUAUCAAAUCAGCGUUUCCAAUGGUUUCGCUCAAACAGCAAGCGUUCCUUCUACUAUUAUUUACAAUAGAUCUCCCUACGUUAAAAGUAAGAUGCUUGAUCAGUCAGUACAGGUUGAUAAGGAAUUCAGUAUUCCAGUAGGAAAAGAUAUUUUCACAGAUCCAGAUGGUGAGAGCUUGGUUUAUAAGGCAGCCUUAGAAACAGGUCAAGCACUUCCAAGUUGGGUAAAAUUUGAUGAAAUGAAUUAUAUUCUCAAAGGAAAAGCUUCAGAACAAAGCACAAACAAAUUCAAGUUCUAUGUUGUGGAUAAGGGAAAUAUGGAAGCAGAAUCUGUUUUUGAAUUUAAGGUCGUUCCUAACUCAGGUUUAGGAGUAGUUGAUUUGGUUGCUAUUAUUGUUCCAAUUGCUGGUCUUAUUGUCUCUGUCAUUGCCUUACUAGCUGGAGGUGGUGGUAUUUGGGGAUGUGUUAAAUAUUUCAAGAAACAAAAGAGCUUAACCACAGGAGGAUCUACUACAGAAUUGCAACCCACAACGAGCUUGCCAACAACUCCGUCAAUAGGAGGAGGAACCUCUUCAGUGCCGCAAUCACCUCAAAGCACUCCAAGCAACGCAGGGAGUACAGGAGCGCCUAAACCUUGA